UCUCCUAUCUUCACUACUUCUCUCCGAAGCAGACUCACCUCACAACUCAACACCAUGGUUGACUGUGGACCUUCUUGUGCUGUGCCUUCUUGCGCCUCCGCCCCAGUUGUUGGCUUCGGAUCAGCUGGUUCCAGAGGUCUUGGUUGGGGUUUGGGUCAGGGCUACGGUUUGGGCUAUGGCUUCGGUUAUGGCCAUGGUUUGGGCUACGGCUACGGAGCUGGUGCCUUGGCUGAAAGCUCAAGAAACCUGGGCACCUUGGCCGGAGUCGUCCCCUCCUGCAUCAACCAGAUCCCAGCAUCCGAGGUGACCAUCCAGCCACCUGCAGUUGUGGUCACCAUCCCUGGUCCCAUCCUCUCCGCCAGCUGUGAGCCCGUCGCCGUCGGAGGCCAAACCCCAUGUGCCCCUGGAGGUAUCGGAAGCUUAGGUGCCGGCUAUCUCGGAGGCCGCCUGGGACGCCUCAGACGCCGUGGCAGCAUCUGCUCUCUGCCCUGCAACCUUCCCUGCUAAAUUCCCCUGGACUCUCCACGACCAAAAAACGGAUUUGAGAAGAUUGGAUAAAGCGUAUCUGAGCCCUGUUCUCGACUGCAUCGAUCUUUGACAAACCGGUUGUGUUUGCCUUUAGAUGGAUAAAAUUGGCACGGAAGACCUCUUACGACUCUGUUGGACUUCUCCUACUCUUUCUUUGUUUCCCAUCCUUGCUUUAAAAUGCUCCAAACCCUGCUCCCCCCUUGCUUAUAUAUAAAACAAGCCUUCAUCAAAUCUUGUGUGCCUCUAAAUGUCACUUCUCUGUGUCUUCCAAUAAAAUGAAAUGUGCUUGAUUUGAA